AUGCUGUCAAGAACAGUUCGAAUCUCAGCACGGCAAUGGCAGCAAUGUCGCUAUUCUUCCACUGUCGCAUUGAAAGAAUGUCUCAGCGCCAUCGAUGCUUAUAAUUCUGAAAUCAAUGCAUUCACCUCCAUUAAUGACAGAGCUCUUCUUCACAAAAAGGCGCUCGAAUCAGACGCCCGAAAAACCAAUGGAACUUUGAAAAGUGAAUUAGACGGUACAACUAUUGCCAUCAAGGACAAUUUUUGUACAACUUUUCUUCCAACUACAUGUGCUUCUAUCAUGCUUAAAGAUUUCACUUCACCCUAUGAUGCCACGGUUGUAAAAUUAUUAGAUGAUGCCGGUGCUUUAAUUAUGGGCAAGACCAAUAUGGAUGAAUUUGGUAUGGGAUCUGCCAAUAUCCAUAGUGCGUUUGGGCCUGUGAUCAAUCCUUGUAGUCAUGGUGACGAGAUCAAACGUUCUGCAGGCGGCAGUUCUGGAGGCAGUGCAGCUAGUGUUGCUAUGAACAUGUGUACAGCUGCCUUAGGGUCGGAUACAGGUGGAUCGGUUAGAAUGCCAGCGUCUUAUUGUGGUUUAGUCGGAUUUAAGCCAUCUUAUGGCCGAUGUUCACGACACGGAUUGGUUGCAUAUGCAAAUUCUUUAGAUACGGUGGGUAUUUUAACUAGAAAUGUUCAAGACUGUUCAAAAGUAUACGAUAUUAUUUCAAAUUACGAUAUUCAAGAUCCUACAUCGAUCCCAAAUGAAUUAAGAACUGAAUUAGAUGCAAAUGAUACACAACUUUCAUUACAAUUUCAAAAUGAUUUAAAGGGACUGGUGGUGGGUGUUCCACAAGAAUUUUAUGUGGAUUCUCUCUCGGACGAGGUUCUGGACGUGUGGCGUAAAGGCAUUCAACAUCUCGAGAGUUUAGGUGCUAAAAUUAUCUCGGUCUCCAUACCCCAUGUAUCAUUAGCUUUACCUGCUUAUUACAUCAUUGCUUUGGCCGAAGCAAGCUCGAAUUUAGCAAGAUAUGAUGGAAUACGAUAUGGUCAUCGGAGCCCUGACAAUGAAGAUCAUUUAUUAUAUGAGGAAACGCGAUCAAGUGGAUUUGGUGAUGAGGUUAAAAAGCGUAUAUUACUCGGUACACACGUAUUAACAGCAGGCACGUACGAGACCUUGUUCUUGCCAGCUCAAAGUGCACGAAGAUUGAUUCAAAAGGAAUUCAACGGGGUGUUUAAACAACCCAAUUUAUUAUACAAUGAAAAUACACAAGAAGGAGAAAGAGCACACAUUUUAUUAGUGCCCAGUGCCACAUCCGAAGCACCGACAUUAAAUAAUAAGAAGAGUGGAAUUGAUGAAUAUAUCAAUGAUGUAAUGACUUUACCGGCCAAUUUAGCCGGUAUACCAGCCAUCACGGUUCCUUUCAGAAACACUCCAAACCCCAUUGGACUCCAACUAAUGGGUCAAUACGGUUAUGAUCAAUUCCUUUUACGUGUUGCUGAUAUCAUGACCUCCAAAAAAUCGCCCAUUUAA